CCAGCCAGGAAUUGCCAAGUGUAAAGCCGUUGGUCCCUCACCAGCUCCAUCAUUAAUAUUUUUGCCUCCGGACACCACAUCUUCCACAACUCAUCCCGAGGACACGAUGGUCUUGUCCAGCGCGCGGCUGCACAUGACCAACCUGUCGGUCUUGUUGGCGCGGCUGGCAAUUCCAGCCACCGGGCACCAAAAUUUCAGAAUGCGGGCCAACGCGGCAAUGCGACUUCCUGCGGCUGGCAAUUUAGCAGCGAAUUGCCAAGUGUGAAUCCGCCUUUCAUUUUUACCCUUUGAUCCCUUUUACCCACUUGAAAUCACAAAUCGAAAAUUUAUUAUAGACAUUAUUAUUAUUAUUAUCAUUAUUAUUAUUGUUAUUAUUAUUAUUAUUAUUAUUAUUAUUAUUAUUAUUAUUAUUAUUAUUAUUAUUAUUAUUAUUAUUAUCGCAAACUCGAACGUCAGUAAACGUAAACAGCAAGAUGAGUAACAAGAAGAGGAAGAGGAAUAUCAGCUGGGAGCGGUGCAUAGCGGAUCAAUUUUAUUAAUUUCUGAGCCUUUACUGGACUUCGCUUGUUGAUACACAUAGAGAUGGGACUGCUGACAGACCCUGGAAUGGACCGCUCCCCGCUGCCGGCCCUGCUGGAAAGACACCACCGGCCGCUGUGUGUUUGUCUGUACGUCUGUGGCUGUCUAUGGUUCUUGUCGCUGGCCCAUAAUGCCCUGAACCAUGGUACCUAUUUCUCGGAGAAUGCGUUGCUGCCUGGUUUGGUUCAGGGUGACUUUCAGGGUGACUCGGAGGCACUGCACUACUUGCAGAGUCUGCAGGAGGAAGCGGAGAGUCACCCGUCAUCCAUGCCUCACUCAUGGUUGGUGGGACAGUUCACCCAGUUAGGCCUGGACACCUUCACCCAUUCCUUCACCCUACAGUACCCUAUGGGACGAGGCAAGAACUUCACGGGCCGCAAUGUGUAUGCCAUCCUUAGGGCCUCUCGGGGCAGUGGUACUGAGGCGUUGGUGGUGACGGCUCCCUACAGGCCCCCUGCAGCACUGCUCCCUGGCACUGCACCAUCAAUUGCCCUCAUGCUGGCUAUGGCGAAGUUUUUUUCUAGGCAAGUCUAUUGGGCCAAAGACAUAAUAUUCCUGGUGACCGAACAUGAACAGUUGGGAGCACAGGCAUGGUUGGAAGCAUACCACAGCCCCCAACCUCUCUUCCCCUCCCAGCCCAACCCAGCCUCUCCCAGCUUGUCCCUGCUGCUCUCGGGGGACUUGGAGGGACGUGCGGGAGCUAUACAAGCAGGCAUCAACCUUGAGGUGCACAGUGCGGAAGUGACCCACCUUGAUGUAAAGCUGGAGGGACUCAAUGGACAGCUACCCAACCUGGACCUGGUCAACCUCAUCCACCGCCUGUGUCAGCGUGAGAAUGUGCCCCACACCUUCAAGAAUAGGGCUGACCACCCACGACCUGAGAGCAUGGAGGGUUGGCGGCACCAGUUGACCACCCUGCUGUCCAUGGUGACCUCACAGGCAUCCGGCGUGCCCACUGGGAACCAUGGUCUCUUCCACAGGUAUGGUGUGGCAGCAGUGACCAUCUCUGGGUCAGGUCGUGAGGCUGGCGGGGGAGUGGGAGUGCCAAUUCGUGCCAGGUCAAUCAGCCUUCAGCAGGUUGGUCGAGUGCUGGAGGGAGUCUGCAGGUCACUUAAUAACCUGCUUGAGAAGUUUCACCAAUCCUUCUUCUUCUACCUGCUGCCUGCUACCAAUAGAUACAUUUCCAUUGGGGUAUACAUGCCCCCCUUCGGCCUCAUCGCAGGUGGGGUGCUGGUUAAGGCACUGGCGCUGUGGUACAAGACUAGCUGUGCUGACGACUCUGGCAAGGGCCGUCAUAGCCUGUUGCAGUGGGCACCAGUAGUAGUGGGCACCCACGCGACCUGCUUCCUCCUCAUGACCUGCCCUCCUACUUUGACCCGACUUGGCUUGGCCUUUGACCUGACCCCCGAGGAUAGUGUGGGCCUGGGCCUGACUGCCUGCUGUGUGGCCCUCCUGCUUGUGGCUGUGGGGGCUGCCAGGUCGAUGAAAGAGGCCGGCAUCUGGGAGGUCCUCAAAAUAUGUGUUCUACUUGAGUUGGGAGUGCUGCUAUUUGCUGGUGCUGUAUAUAACUUCUCCCUAGCUCUCCUGGUUGCAGUUAUAUACACACCAACUGCUCUGCUGGCCUCUCCUUCUACUGCCAGAAUUCCCCAUUUGCUGAAGUCACUGCUGCUUCUGCUUGUGCAUCCCCUGGCACUGUUGUUUGGCGCUGUCCUGCUUGACACAAACACACACUUCCCCGAGGCAAGCCCACUCCGUUUGCUCUGGCGGACGGUGACUGGAUCCAAACGAGCACUCAUGUAUAGUGUGGUGGAUUCCUUGGUCUAUUCCAACUGGGUGUUUGAUGUGGGUGCUUUGUGUCUGUUGCCUCUCUGGUGUUUGCUGUGGCUCAUUGUUCAUCUGCAUGUGGAUGUUUGUGUCUCACAGCAAGCGGGGCAACAAACACCACAGCCACAGCUGGGAGAGGGCACAGUUAAGGAGAGUAAGAGUAAGAGUGAGUGACUGGAUGUUUUACUGGGGGGCUGUUUGGUUUAGUGGGGGAAUGUAAGAGUGACUGAUUUUGUAUGUGUGUUUUGCUGACUUUUUGUUUGUGUGUUUUUUUUAUGGAGGGUGUUUUUUCUGAGGCAUUCUGGUGUUUAUUUAUUUAUUUAUUUAUUUAUAUUUUUAUUUAUUUAUUUACCUACUUAUUUACUUAUUUUUGUUUUGUGUGUGUGUGUGUGUGUGUGUGUGUGUGUCAGCAGAAAGUAUUAGUCACAUGCACACAGAUGUAAGUUCCCUAGCAUACACACACACACACACACACACACACACACACACACACACACACACACACACACACACUAAAACAAACAUUCCUAUUUUUUAUUUUAUUAUUUUGUCAAAAUGUAACAAUUAUUAUUAAUUAUUAUUAUUAUUAUUAUUAUUAUUAUUAUUAUUAUUAUUAUUAUUAUUAUUGUUACAUAGGUGGCCAGGAAGGCCAAUAUUACUGUAAGUAAUGCAUGUGUAGUGUCAGGUAUUUAUUUUGUAAAUGAGGCAUGUAGUGUAUUGUGAGUAUCUGAAUGUGUGUGGGAUAACAGCUGAAUAGUGGCGGGAAGUAGCAUGUCACCCCUCAAGGAAGGAAGUGGUGCAGGGCAGGCGGCAAAGUUGUAGUAGUUGCCGUGUGCCCAGAGUCAACCUCCCCCACACUACCUGCCUCUGUUAUUGUGUCUAAUCCCAAGUGUGUGGUGUUUGUACACCUGACUAAGUAACUGUGUGCCCAAACUGAACUCGCAGAAUGUGCUCGUGUCCUCAUGUAUACCAAGGAUUUGUGUUGUAAGCCUACAUUGAAAAAAACCCCUGCGACUUCCAUUC